CUCUGGUGGAACAAAGUUCCUUCUUUACCUUUUAUUUUCCUGUUUGACAUAUUAUUCUCCCUCUGGCUGUUCUUCUGACAUGGACGUGGUGGUCAGACAUGACCUCUGUGAUGAGGAGAAGAGCUACAUUCAGAAGAGGCUUCAAAUAGUAGGCAACUGUCUGUGCAGUCAUGACAUAGUCUACAAGCAUGAUGAACUUCCACGUGUGGCACUGUUGGCCUCUGGUGGAGGGCAGAGGGCGCACACCGCCAUUCUGGGCGUCCUACGGCAGCUGGGGCAGGACAAUCUUCUGGACUGCUUUCUCUACAUGGCUGGGGUGUCUGGAUCCAUAUGGGCCAUGUCCUCGCUGUACGCGGACGCCCAUUGGUCAAAAAACGUGACGAACGCAACCAGCGGGCUUCUACUGAGCAUGUCCGAGGGGAAGGGCGUGACGUUUUCGGAAGGCGUGCAGUGGCUCAGGAAGAGACACGCAGAAGGGGACCUGUCCCUCUCGGACCCCUGGGGCGUGCUGAUUUGCGCCUUGAAAGGAGUGCCACUGGAGACUAGGACCCUGUCAGAUGAGGGCAAAAGACAAAAAGAUGGUGCCAAUCCAUACCCACUCUACAGUGCUAUAGAGAGAACACUGUUUCACAAGAAGGAAGCAAAAGAGAUGUGGUUUGAGAUGAGCCCCCACGAGGUUGGAUUCACAGGACCUGGGGCUUUUGUCAAAACUUCCCUGCUGAAUAGGCAUUUUGAGGGAGGGCAUGUGAAAAAUUGCCCAGAGAUGAAGCCAAUGGACAUGGUUCAAUUGCAAGGGAUUUGUGGAGGUGUUGUUGGAGACGAGAACCAAACCAAGCACUAUAUCAAGACAUACAUCUUGGGCUGGAUCCGGUCACUCUGGGCUGGGAUGCAAGAUAACUCAACGCCAACGCCAACAUCAGGUAAAGAGCUUUGA